UACGUGUGGAAGGAUGAAUUGCUUUCCUCUCCAAUGCAAUGCAUUUUACUGUACGAUGCGGUUUACCAAAAACUUACAAAACAAUUGUGGUCUGAUUUAAGUUUUUGAAAGAAUAUUAUAGAGAUAUUUCACCAGAAGAGCUUGAAACGUUUUAAAGAGAUAAAGUCGCGAUGAUGGCAUCAAUAGGGGAGUUCGAUCCACUGAACAACAUCGUUCCUGCAACUAAAAUAGAAGUUACGGUGUCAUGCAGGGAUCUACAGGAUGUAGACACGUUCUCCAAGUCUGACCCUGUGGUUGUGCUCUAUGUGCAAGGAAUCGGGACCAAAGAAUGGAGGGAGUUUGGCAGAACGGAGGUGAUUGACAACACGCUGAACCCCAACUUUGUGCGAAAAUUCUUCCUGGACUUCUUUUUCGAAGAGAAGCAGAACCUACGCUUUGAUGUGUACAAUGUGGACUCCAGAAGUUCAAAUAUUUCAAAAUUUAAGGACUUCCUGGGUCAGACCUUCUGCACUCUGGGGGAGAUCAUUGGCUCCGCGGGCGGACGGCUGGAGAAGAGCCUCUCAGGCAUUCCUGGGAAGAAGUUAGGCUCCAUUAUCUUCGUGGCGGAGGAGCUUAGUAACUGUAGGGACAUUGCUACCAUGCAGCUGUGUGCCAACAAGCUAGACAAGAAGGACUUCUUCGGGAAGUCAGACCCCUUUCUGGUCUUCUACAGAAGCAACGAGGACGGAACGUUCACCAUCUGCCAUAAGACGGAGGUGGUGAAGAACACUCUGAACCCCGUCUGGCAGCCGUUUACCAUCCCGGUGAGGGCCCUCUGCAACGGGGACUACGACAGAACGGUGAAAGUGGAUGUGUACGACUGGGACCGAGAUGGAAGCCAUGAUUUUAUUGGUGAGUUCACCACAAGCUACAGAGAUUUCUCCCGCGGACAAAACCAGUUUAAUGUCUAUGAGGUUUUAAAUCCGAAAAAGAAGGGGAAGAAAAAGAAAUACAUCAACUCGGGCACGGUAACACUGCUGUCCUUCAAAGUGGAGUCGGAGUACACGUUUGUGGAUUUCAUCCGAGGCGGGACACAACUUAACUUCACAGUAGCCAUCGACUUCACAGCUUCUAAUGGUGACCCGUCUCAACCCACGUCCCUUCACUACAUCAACCCGUACCAGAUGAAUGCCUACGCCAUGGCGCUGAAAGCCGUGGGGGAGAUCAUCCAGGACUACGACAGCGACAAGCUGUUUCCAGCCUAUGGCUUCGGAGCCAAGCUGCCCCCCGACGGAAAGAUCUCCCACGCCUUCCCUCUGAGUGGUGACUACGACAACCCAAACUGUGUGGGGAUAGAUGGCGUGCUGGAGGCCUACUUCAGGAGCCUCAGGACUGUCCAACUCUAUGGGCCCACCAACUUCUCACCGGUCAUCAGCCAGGUAGCACGUCUAUACCGUGUGACGCUAAGGGACUUCAGCAGGGCGACAGGACAUUUCCCGUCCGCCCUGGCAGCUGUGAACGCGGGGGGAGCAGGUGAAAGACACUCCAGGGAGGACAUACAACUAUCUGCGCAAGAUGUGACCGACGGCUCUCAGUACUUUGUGUUGUUGAUCAUCACAGACGGGGUCAUCUCCGACAUGGUGCAGACCAAGGAGGCGGUGGUCAACGCGGCAGCACUCCCCAUGUCCAUCAUCAUCGUUGGGGUCGGGCCGGCUGAGUUUGACGCCAUGGAGGAGCUAGAUGGAGACGAGAUCCGAGUGUCCUCCAGGGGGCGCUUUGCAGAGAGAGACAUUGUUCAGUUCGUUCCUUUCCGGGACUAUAUGGACCGGUCAGGGAACCAGGUCCUGAGCAUGGCCCGGCUGGCCAAGGACGUGCUGGCCGAGAUCCCCGAGCAGCUUCUGGGGUUCAUGAAGUCGCGGGGCAUCGAGCCACGCCCCGCUCUCUCCCCGUCAGAUCUGCCCGAGCUUCACAGGCACAUCUGACACCUCUCUGUUGUGGGGCAGCACAUCUCAACACCCCCCUCCCCCCGUCCAUUUCUCACACACAACACACACACACACACACCUUAAAACCUGUAACUGCCAUUGCCAUGACGAUGGGCUAUAUCCCUACAACAGCGUAAGCUAACACAGAAUAUGUGUAUAUAUAUAUAUAUAUAUAUAUAUUUAUUUAUAUCUACGUACACAAAUAAUAUGUGUAUUUAAGUUGCACAUUGUGUAUUCGAAUAUGUAGGGGUGGUUGGAAUGAACACCCAAUGCAAUACCCACAAGCUCACUCACGUGUAAAUUGACAGGAUUAACCUACAGUAUAUACUACGCUGUGACAGAUCAGGCCAGACACCUAGAUUGUGGAAGUCAUUCAUGUAGAACCGCAGUUCCCAACAUUUUUAGGGUUUCUGUUACACCAGCCGAAUUUUGCCCUGCACCGAGUACCCCUGAAGUACCCCCUCAUGUGCAUUGUAACAGUAAACCUGUGGCCUCCUGGGUCUUCAUAAGCCGAGGACCCCAGGUUGGGAACCACUGUGUUGAGAAUGCAUAGAAACUGGGAAACACAAACACAAUGGGGACGUGCAGCUUUAAUUUAAACAUCCAGUCCUCGUGGCAUUUAUACACGCACAGCGACUUAGCCAUCAAGUGUAGAAAAUGCAGGUAAACCAACUUAAUCUGUUGCUUUCAACCCAAACUGUAUAAUCAGAGGGGACUCGUAAUAUACGUAAAAUCAGCUUAUACCAUUAACAUUUUAGUCAUUUAGCACUCUUUUACCCAAAGUGACAAGCUUUUGACAAUUCAUUAAUGUUAAACUAGCUAUGUGGAACAACCACACAACCCAGUAAUAAUAAGUGGCUGUCAAUCAGUGCUACGUAAAAAAUAAUAUUAUUAAGGAAGUACAAACGUUAGUUCACAAAUGGCAAUGGUGAAGACUGGGGCUGUAGAAUAAUUUUAGGUAUCUUCAGAGCCUCAAAGGGAAGCCAUCAUUGGGGUACCAUGACUGUAAAAAACCUUUGUGGAGCUGGGCUGAGCAGGAGCCUAAAGAUUGGGAGCCCUGAAUAUAGGGAGGCCUGAAUGUUUGGAGGCCUGAAUGUAGGGAGGCCUGAAUAUAGGUAAUCCUCUGGGUAUGGAGGCCUGAAUAUAGGGAGGCCUGAGUGUAGGGAAGCCUAUGGGUAUGGAGGCCUGAGGGUAGGGAAGCCUGAAUAUAGGGAGGCCUGAAUAUAGGGAGGCCUGAAUAUAGGGAGCCCUGAAUGUAGGGAGGCCUGAGGGUAGGAAGGCCUGAAUGUAGGGAGCCCUGAGUGUAAGGAGGUCUUAAUGUAGGUAGGCCUGAGGGUAGGGAAGCCUAUGGGUAAGGAUGCCUGAAUAUAUAGGGAGGCCUGAGGGUAGGGAGGCCUGAAUAUAGGGAGGCCUGAAUAUAGGGAGGCCUGAAUAUAGGGAGUCCUGAAUGUAGGGAGGCCUGAGGGUAGGAAGGCCUGAAUGUAGGGAGGCCUGAGUGUAAGGAGGUCUUAAUAUAGGUAGGCCUGAGGGUAGGGAAGCCUAUGGGUAAGGAUGCCUGAAUAUAUAGGGAGGCCUGAGGGUAGGGAGGCCUGAAUAUAGGCCCUGAAGGUAGGGAGGUGUCAGGGUAGGGAGGGUUGGUUACCUCUCUGUGAGUGUCGCAGAUAUAAAUGCCCUCAUGCAACAAUAUUUUCAAAAUAUUUUUCUUGCAAAAACAAGAGAAACAUAAUUUGUAAUGCUAUUCUUACACCCUUUAAGCUGACGGCAUUUCCCAUUAUUACAUUUUUUUGUCCUUUUUUGGUUUUGCUUCAUUCACUUUCAUCGAAUUUCUUCCACACGCUAAAGGUGACAUCAUUAUAGUUUUGUGACAUCCUUCAACUUUUGGUUGUAUGAAAAUGUUAUAUAAAAGUCCAGUUAACAUAUUAGUAUCGCUCAACUUUACGGUUAUUUAAAUCUGAAAUCCGUACAGAAGUUUAAUUAUCAAACUGUAGUCACAGUUUUGCCAAAAAGUAAAUUUUUUGGAUGAAAAUUCUAUGAAAGAGGGAAUAAAAUGCAUUAGGGACUUGUUGGCUAGUGUUAUACUCAGGCUAGUGUACUAGCUAUUGUGUACUGUAACAGCAUCAUUACUUUUAGACCACAUACAAAAAAUAACAUAACUUUUCUGUCCAUACCGGGUUGCAGAAGUAGGUUCUGGUUGCCACAAGAGGUGGGUUCUGGUAGAAGUGAGUUUGACUAAAUGAGGCUGGACCAGUGCUAGAACCUUUACUUUCUGAGGAGAGAAUGUCUGCAGGAUUGGUCUCCAGCCUACCAUUGCAUUUGACAGCUGUGGCUCACAAUGCCUGUUUGACAGACGUGUUUCCUUCAUUCUUUCUAAGCGUUUAAAAACCCCUGGAUGCUCUUUGACCAGGGUAGAUACCUGUACUUCAAGGUCAGUUGGAUUUUAACCCCCCUAACCACCAUUUCAUUUUCUCUUCACUGCUUUGGAAAAGCAUGUUUGAAAAACAUUGUGUGAGUAGGUCUGGUCUUACUCAAGGUUGUUCCUGGGUAUAUUUUCCCCCACAUGUUUUCCACAUUCCUUUAGCCUACUUGUUUUCCUUGGUGAUCUCUUAAUCAAAUGUUUUCAUAUUUGCAGCUGAAAUGUGUGUUUCCAAUGCCAACAUAUUUGUCAGUGUUCUGUCUUUUUUUAGAGCAGGUUUCAAGGAGGCAGCAGCACACUGCAGAAGAAGCUUCUUGUACAGCUUCAGUGUUUAGAGUUGGAAGCUGAUUGCCCAUGAGCUUAAUCUGCCACAGAGACAUUGUCAUAAUGACUUCCUGCUGCAGACAUUAUUUGAUGCACUGCUGAAGGUCAAAUCAUUAGUGAGUUAGUGUUGCCCUCCUUGCAUGGCAGUAUUCUCCAUUCACCAUUUGACUGUCAUGUUUCUUCAGACACACUUUCUUUUGUAACAGUUUAUGUCAGCUGUUGUAAAAGACGCUGACAUGAAGUUUCCAGUUUACACGCAGAAAGCGGAGAUUCAGAGAUGCACCCUGUCGUUGACUUAAUGUGGGCUCAAGCCAUGUAGCAACACGCUAAUAAGUGACAUGUGUCUACAGCUAGUCACUAAGGGCCACGAUAGCCAGCGUUGAUUGGACAAGGGUGACACAAAGUUGCAGGUGUGCAACUGUAACAGGGAGACCCAGGGAACAGAUACUGGUUAGGUGUUAGGGCCCCGGAGGGGGCUCAUUAACCACAUAAAAGAAGUGGGUGAAAAACAGCAGCGGCAACAACUUAACUUUUCCUGCACUCUUUUCCGUCGUACUUUCUACUUCCUGAAACGUCUUUGCCUCAGCGGUAGCACAGCAUCCCGGGUUGUAAGAUCUAGCCUCACUUCUUAGUUUUUUUUUUUUGUAGCCAGAUCUGCUCUUCCCUAACCCCUUUAUCCUCCCCCUGACGAGGCUUGGUUGGAGGCAGGUGUGCCUCAUCAGGGGGUUGGUAGAUGAGCAGAGGGCUCCAUUUUGCAGCUCUGGUCCAGGAGGCUCCCAAUGUGGCGUCGGGUCGACGCUGAUGCAGAUGAGGGCGCAUUUACGCCAUUGUAGUUGGAAUGGGCAAAGAUCUACCUAACUUGCUAGUUGGCUUGUUUCAUUCACAUGAGGGCCCAGGGAAAGUGGCCAUGUGGGAGCUGCUUGUAUAAUCCUAUGUAACUGUGGUAUGUGGCAUUCAACAAAGCAGAUAAAAAGGGAAAAAGUUUUCCAGUUUUAAGACCAACUAAUUAUCUUAGUGUUUCCAGGGACACAGUUCCAGAGCAAUCCAACCACAAUUGACAGUGAAUUCCAUGAGUCGAGUUUCUAUAAGACAUUGCUCAUUCAACUAGAUAUUUCUUCGCAGCACUUUCACGACCGAACUAUUCUGUUGUAACCGUUCUGUUAUACAAUGCAUUCAAAAUAUGCCAAAAGGCCGUUCUCCACUGCGAUUCAUAUUUAAACUACGUUACUAGGCAAGGACUUCAAUAGGCAUGCAAAGUCAGUCUCCACAGUGAUUCAAAGUACCAGUUUCAAUGCAUCAUUUGCAAUGCGUGAUAUAUUAUGAAUUAAGCCUGUCUUCACACAUUCAUUACAAAAGUGCAGUGCUUCCCAACAGUGACAGAAGCCUGGCGGUUCAUUCUGUUCUAAGUCACAUUUUCACACAGAUCCACUCUUCACAUUGAUCCAAGAUGAGCACUGCGUUCCAUAGUGUUUUCAUAUGAACACUGGCAAGUUGCAUUCCCAAUGUUUUUAGAAAAAAUUAAGUGUUUUACUAAUGUAGUGGCAAUUCCAAGACCACUUCUUUCGAUGCCAAACACUGGGUGGCUCUGUACACACUUCCGUGGAUGACGUUAAUGCAGUCAAAUGACAUGGAUUGCUGCUCUUCAGUUGGUGAUGAAUGACAAAAUGGAUAAACAAACAAUGAAUUGGAAACAGUAAAUAUAGCCUGUAAAUGUAUACAACUAUAAUUUAUGGGGGGUUUUCUCCAAUCUUGCCACAAAUCCCUUUCAUGUCUUUCUGCCGACAAAUUACUGCCCAUCGGGGGUCUAUUUGAAUCUGGUGAAACAACAUCUUCGGCUUAUUUAUAGUGACGGAUAUUUUUUGGGCCCAGGUAAAUUGCUAAAACGUUACAGAACUUUUAUUGCAGUUAUGAACGGUAUAGUUUACAUUGGGGGUGCGGUGCAUUGAAGAUUACACCAAAGCACAUCAUAGAGGACACUAAUGAUAAGUGAUGAAGGUUAAGAUAACAUUUAGCACCGUGGCUUUCACGAGAAGUUCUUUCGUUUUGAAUUCGUCACAGACGAAAAACGUGGCACUGACCUGGCCUUGGAUUGACCAAUCAAAGCAAACUUGGGACUUUGGAAAUGUUGACUUUACACUACAUUUUCCAGGACGUAUCGUAUAAGACUCUAGAUUACUUCGUGUAAACUUGCAGAUAUCGAUAGCUUUAGAUGCCACAUUCUGAGGUAGCGGGCAAUUGUGUCAGAACUGUAUCAAGUGUCUGCACAGUGCGCACACGUAUCUCUUGAUUUUCCCACAACUGACGGCCUGCGUGGUACGUCUCGGACAUCCAGGCUAAAUGGAAAUUGAUUAUGCAAACCAAGAUGAGUCUAUUUAGCGUUUUAUUCUCUCUGUUAUAAUGUAAAUAAACCCUUCGUGAUUGAUGGAUAAUCAACACUAGCCGGAGACGUUCUAGUUUCUUAUCACGCUGCUCCAACAAACGGAAUCUAUAACGGAACCCUUGCGUGCCAGAAUGAAUGCUCUCCCCGGCCUUCUCCCUCGACUGAACAGUGUUAAAAGGGCUGACAUGGAACCCAGGUCACAUGCUUAUCAGUGUCAUUCCCCUCCCCCAAUAUUACCCAUCCUGCCCAGCACGGUUAGAGCCUGGAUGCACAUAACUCCCUGCUGAAAUACAAAUGCCAGUCUCAGAGCACCCCUGAAGAGAGGCAGACCGAGGAAGGAGGGGAGGUUAAAACCUUCAGGGGACCAGCAGUUGGGUUGAAUUUUUUUGUGUGGUUAUCAAAAGAAGAUAAGAGAAAGAAAGAGAUGAGGUUGGGGGCCUAACUUAUUUAUUUAUUUUGUUGUCAUUAUACUGUGGAAAGAUCAGGUUAGCAGCCCUGUGACACCUGCAGCUCCAAGCUUAUUUCCAGUUAUAAAAGUAUACAAAUACAAUCCUUUUCGGAUUCUGAUCUGUUAUGACA